UGCUGAUUACUUGAUAAUUCUAUUACAAGCUCACCAAAGCACAUCUCUUUACUUUGUCAAGAACAUACUUGUUGUCUGAAAGCUGAUUAAUUCUGACUAACAGAGAUGGCAUCAGGGGAAGUAGAUGUACUGUUCGAAGUCAGGAACUCCUUUUUCCUUGGUAACUACCAGCACUGUAUAACAGAGGCACAAAAAGUCAAGCCUUCGACAGCAGCUGUUGCCAUGGAGAGAGACGUUCUUAUGUACAGAUCAUACAUUUCCCAGAAAAAAUUUGCUGUUGUAUUGGAUGAGGUGACGAGCUCAUCGUCAGCUGAGCUGCAGGCAGUCAAGAUGUUAGCUGGGUACCUGCAAGGCCCGUCAAAGAGGGAUGGCAUAUUGAAGCAAUUAGAAACCAAACUGACCAGCGGUGUAGACAAUGAUGUAUUCAUUCUCAUGGCAGCCUCAAUCUACUACAAUGAACAAAAUUACGAGUCUGCUCUGCGAUGUUUGAACCAGAGUGACAGUCUAGAGGGAGCCUCAAUGAGAGUGCAGAUAUACCUGGCCAUGCACAGAGUUGACCUGGCCAAGAAAGAGCUCAAGACAAUGCAAGAGAAAGAUGAUGAUGCAACUCUCACUCAGCUCUCCCUCGCCUGGUUCAACCUGGCAGUAGGUGGAGACAAGUAUCAGGAUGCUUACUACAUUUUCCAGGAAAUGGCUGACAAGACCACAUCUACUUCCUUGCUCAUUAACGGUCAGGCUGCUAGCUACAUGGCCCAGGGAAAGUUUGACGAAGCGGAGGGAUUGUUGCAGGAGGCGCUCACGAAGGACAGUAACAAUUCUGAGACACUUAUUAAUCUUAUUGUAGUCUCUCAACAUCUUGGGAAACCUUCAGAGGUUGCUAAGAGGUAUUUGUCUCAGCUCAAGGACGGGCAUGCAAACCACCCAUUUGUUCAGGAGUAUACAAAGAAGGAAGAAAACUUCGACCACCUGGCAGCUCAAUAUUCAGCUUCAGUUUCACGUUAGUUUACAAUCCUUUUAUUGAUUAUUUGAUUUCUUGACCACGUGCUAUAAGUAAGUACUACAUCUUUUUUGAUCAGAGAUGGCCUAGCUUUUUCCAUGUGUACUUUUGAAAUAACCUGUGAACUGACUGUUGUACAUGUAUUACGAUUGCAUUGAUCAUUAAAUACAUGUCGCAUAUGUAA